CCUCAGUGUCCUCACGACACAGAAUGGCCAUUUCGUGGACGCUAUCCCGUGCAUGCGACGGUCCAAACCCUAGCUCGACAGAAUCUUGGUGGCCCGCAUGACAGAAGGCCUAUGAAACUGGGUUGUUCGGUAGCCUGGCCUGGUAUCGGUGUCAGGGCCAUUGCAUGUAUCGGCCCAGUUUGACCUUAUCUGGUCUUCAUCGAGCUGAGGCCCUUCGCACUGCUUGGGUCACAUAUUAGCCCCACGGUCAUGGGUCCGGCCUCCCGUUCUCCGCCUCUUCGAUAACCUCUAGCAUGCCCAGUCUCGAGCUGAAGACCAACGUCCCCCUUGAGGACCCGAAACAGUUUCUGCUUGAGUUUUCUAGCUACGCAGCCAAGGCGCUCAAAAAGCCGGAGUUGUACAUAUCUGUCAGCUAUCACUACAACGAGAACCUCACCUUCAAUGGAUCAUUCGAUCCGGCUUUCUUGAUGACGGUGACGAGCUUGGACAACCUCAAACCCGGGCUCACGGAUGAAUACAGCAAGGCAUUCUUUGAUUUCUUCCAGGACAAGCUCGGGGUUCCGGGUGACCGAGGCUAUAUAACCUUCCUUGACCCAGGCAGGGCAUUUUUGGGGCACCAGGCGACGACGUUCGCCACGAUCUUCGGGAAAUGAUGAUGUUUGGUUCCUCGUCGUCGCGGAAACAAACGUGGAAGAAUAGCAGCUGCCUUGAAGUAUGUUGUAUGAAUAUGCCGAACGAAUAUACGUCCGAAUUGCCCGUUUCGUUCCCCGGCA